GGGUGGGGGAGUCGGCCUUGAGCCUGGGACUGGCUCCAGCAUGACAUGGGGGUCCGCAGGGCCUGCUGGGACCUGCUGAGCAUGCAGGGCCCUGGAGAAAGUGGGGCAAUGCAGCAGGGGGCACACCCACAGCUGGAACCGACCCAGAUAGACAACUUGGGCUCUGCCAGAUGGGGCUAGGCAAGGAAGGGGCAGGAAGUGGUGAGGCGGUCCCCAGCUGGCUGCUGUCCCCUGCUCAGGCUUUGGUUUCCUCCCUGCCGGCCUGGCCUGGCUCCCUGUGGUAUGGUCAUGCCCCACGCACCCCCUCCACUGAGACGGGGCGGGGAGAUACCCAGGCUGCUCUUUCUUCCUCUUCUGAGUCGAUCUCUGAGCAGCAGUCAGGGCUAAGCGCUCCCCAGCUCGCCUUUAUAUACAGCCUGUGCCACUGCAGCCACCAGCACCAUGAAAGACGAGGUGGCUCUUCUGGCCACCGUCACCCUCCUGGGAGUCCUGUUGCAAGCCUAUUUCUCUCUACAGGUGAUCUCGGCGCGGAGGGCCUUCCGUGUGUCGCCGCCGCUCACCACCGGCCCACCCGAGUUCGAGCGCGUCUACCGAGCACAGGUGAAUUGCAGCGAGUACUUCCCGCUGUUCCUCGCCACGCUUUGGGUCGCCGGCAUCUUUUUUCACGAAGGGGCGGCGGCCCUGUGCGGCCUGAUCUACCUGUUCGCGCGCCUCCGCUACUUCCAGGGCUAUGCGCGCUCCGCGCAGCUCAGGCUGGCCCCGCUGUACGCGAGCGCGCGCGCCCUCUGGUUGCUGGUGGCGCUGGCUGCGCUCGGCUUGCUCUCCCACUUCCUCCCGGCGGCGCUGUGCGCCGCGCUCCUCGAACGGCUCCGGACGCUGCUGCCGUGGGCCUGAGACCAAGGCCGCCGGAGCCGGGAAAGAAGAGCCGGAGCCUCCAGCUACCCCGGGGAGGGGCGCUUGCCUCCGCUUCCUAGUCUCUCAUUAAAGUUCUCGUGACCCAGCCA